AUGAUCACAGUACAGGGCUUUGAGCUUAACUUCCUUUGCCUUCACUUCUUGCCCUCAUCCUCACUUGACCCUCCUUUCCUCCCAACAGCCUUCACCCAUAAAACGUCAACUGAGCCACACACUGAGCCAACUCUGACCACACAGAAGACCACAGCUGCCACCUCCAUCAGCAGCACCUCCAAGACCUCUGUCUCCACAGAGACCAGCCCACCAAGCAGCACAGAACUCCCUCUGACAACAUCUCCAAAUCCCAGCUCUCCACCUGCUCCCAGCAGCCCACUCAGCACCCGGCUGCCAUCUGCUCCCACUUCCACAGUCUAUUCCACAGCAGCUCCAAGCACCAGCCCCAGGCCUACACCUACAACCCUGAGGCCCAAGCCCUCAUUUCCAAUGACAAGUGCUCCACAAGAGUCUCUUGCAGCAGAGUCCUCUGCACCCACCACAGCCAAAACCAGCACAGUGCCAUCUCCUGCUCCUUCUCCCUCCUCAACUGUGUCCUCAAUACUGCUGAGCUCCACACAGCCUGGAAGAGGCAGAGGGAUCUUGCCUGUUGGAAAGCACCAACAGGCCAGAUCCUUUUUUGGGGAGAAACAGUCCCAGGCUGCCCUCUUUCCCAGGAAUAAUCAGUGUAGCACAGUGCUGCCAUUUUUGCUCACAGUACAAGGCAUUGUGCCAACCUCCUCUGCCUUUGCCUCCUGCCCUCACCCUCAACUGACCUGUGCUUUCCUCCCAACAGCCUUCACCCAUAAGUCAGCUGAGCCACACAUUGAGCCAACUCUGACCACACAGAAGACCACAGCUGCCACCUCCAUCAGCAGCACCUCCAAGACCUCUGUCUCCACAGAGACCAGCCCACCAAGCAGCACAGAACUCCCUCUGACAACAACAUCUGCAAGACCCAGCUCUCCACCUGCCCCCAGCAGCCCACUCAGCACCCGGCUGCCAUCUGCUCCCACUUCCACAGUCUAUUCCACAGCAGCUCCAAGCACCAGCCCCAGGCCUACACCUACAACCCUGAGGCCCAAGCCCUCAUCCCCAAGGGCAAGUGCUCCACAAGAGUCUCCUGCAACAGAGUCUUCUGCACCCACCACAGCCAAAACCAGCACAGUGCCAUCUCCUGCUCCUUCUCCCUCCUCAACUGUGUCCUCAACACUGCUGAGCUCCACACAGCCUGUCUUCACCCAUAAAAAGUCAACUGAGCCACACACUGAGCCAACUCUGACCACUCAGAAGACCACGGCUGUCACCUCCAUCAGCAGCACCUCCAAGACCUCUGUCUCCACAGAGACCAGCCCACCAAGCAGCACAGAACUCCCUCUGACAACAACAUCUGCAAAUCCCAGCUCUCCACCUGCCCCCAGCAGCCCACUCAGCACCCGGCUGCCAUCUGCUCCCACUUCCACAGUCUAUUCCACAGCAGCUCCAAGCACCAGCCCCAGGCCUACACCUACAACCCUGAAGCCCAAGCCCUCUUCCCCCAUGACAAGUGCUCCACAAGAAUCUCCUGCAGCAGAGUCCUCUGCACCCACCACAGCCAAAACCAGCACAGUGCCAUCUCCUGCUCCUUCUCCCUCCUCAACUGUGUCCUCAACAUUGCUGAGCUCCACACAGCCUGCCUUCACCCAUAAAAAGUCAACUGAGCCACACAUUGAGCCAACUCUGACCACACAGAAGACCACAGCUGCCACCUCCAUCAGCAGCACCUCCAAGACCACUGUCUCCACAGAGACCAGCCCACCAAGCAGCACAGAACUCCCUCUGACAACAACAUCUGCAAGACCCAGCUCUCCACCUGCCCCCAGCAGCCCACUCAGCACCCGGCUGCCAUCUGCUCCCACUUCCACAGUCUAUUCCACAGCAGCUCCAAGCACCAGCCCCAGGCCUACACCUACAACCCUGAGGCCCAAGCCCUCAUUUCCAAUGACAAGUGCUCCACAAGAGUCUCCUGCAGCAGAGUCCUCUGCACCCACCACAGCCAAAACCAGCACAGUGCCAUCUCCUGCUCCUUCUCCCUCCUCAACUGUGUCCUCAACACUGCUGAGCUCCACACAGCCUGCCUUCACCCAUAAAAAGUCAACCGUGCCACACAUUGAGCCAACUCUGACCACACAGAAGACCACGGCUACCACCUCCAUCAGCAGCACCUCCAAGACCUCUGUUUCAACAGAAACCAGCCCACCAAGCAGCACAGAACUCCCUCUGACAACAUCUCCAAAUCCCAGCUCUCCACCUACCCCCAGCAGCCCACUCAGCACCCGGCUGCCAUCUGCUCCCACUUCCACAGUCUAUUCCACAGCAGCUCCAAGCACCAGCCCCAGGCCUACACCUACCACCCUGACGCCCAAGCCCUCUUCCCCCAUGACAAAUGCUCCACAAGCGUCUCGUACAACAGAGUCCUCUGCACCCACCACAGCCAAAACCAGCACAGUGCCAUCUCCUGCUCCUUCUCCCUCCUCAACUGUGUCCUCAACAUUGCUGAGCUCCACACAGCCUGCCUUCACCCAUAAAAAGUCAACUGAGCCACACACUGAGCCAACUCUGACCACACAGAAGACCACAGCUGCCACCUCCAUCAGCAGCACCUCCAAGACCACUGUCUCCACAGAGACCAGCCCACCAAGCAGCACAGAACUCCCUCUGACAACAACAUCUCCAUAUCCCAGCUCUCCACCUGCCCCCAGCAGCCCACUCAGCACCCGGCUGCCAUCUGCUCCCACUUCCACAGUCUAUUCCACAGCAGCUCCAAGCACCAGCCCCAGGCCUACACCUACAACCCUGAGGCCCAAGCCCUCAUUUCCAAUGACAAGUGCUCCACAAGAGUCUCCUACAACAGAGUCCUCUGCACCCACCACAGCCAAAACCAGCACAGUGCCAUCUCCUGCUUCUUCUCCCUCCUCAACUGUGUCCUCAACAUUGCUGAGCUCCUCACAGCCUGCCUUCACCCAUAAAAAGUCAACUGAGCCACACAUUGAGCAACCUUUGACCACACAGAAGACCACAGCUGCCACCUCCAUCAGCAGCACCUCCAAGACCUCUGUCUCCACAGAGACCAGCCCACCAAGCAGCACAGAACUCCCUCUGACAACAACAUCUGCAAGACCCAGCUCUCCACCUGCCCCCAGCAGCCCACUCAGCACCCGGCUGCCAUCUGCUCCCACUUCCACAGUCUAUUCCACAGCAGCUCCAAGCACCAGCCCCAGGCCUACACCUACAACCCUGAGGCCCAAGCCCUCAUCCCCAAGGGCAAGUGCUCCACAAGAGUCUCCUGCAACAGAGUCCUCUGCACCCACCACAGCCAAAACCAGCACAGUGCCAUCUCCUGCUCCUUCUCCCUCCUCAACUGUGUCCUCAACACUGCUGAGCUCCACACAGCCUGUCUUCACCCAUAAAAAGUCAACUGAGCCACACACUGAGCAACCUCUGACCACACAGAAGACCACAGCUGCCACCUCCAUCAGCAGCACCUCCAAGACCUCUGUCUCCACAGAGACCAGCCCACCAAGCAGCACAGAACUCCCUCUGACAACAACAUCUCCAUAUCCCAGCUCUCCACCUGCCCCCAGCAGCCCACUCAGCACCCGGCUGCCAUCUGCUCCCACUUCCACAGUCUAUUCCACAGCAGCUCCAAGCACCAGCCCCAGGCCUACACCUACAACCCUGAAGCCCAAGCCCUCUUCCCCCAUGACAAGUGCUCCACAAGAGUCUCCUGCAGCAGGGUCCUCUGCACCCACCACAGCCAAAACCAGCACAGUGCCAUCUCCUGCUCCUUCUCCCUCCUCAACUGUGUCCUCAACAUUGCUGAGCUCCUCACAGCCUGCAGCCGUCACACAUAAAAUGUCAACCGUGCCACACAUUGAGCCACCUCUGACCACACAGAAGACCACAGCUGCCACCUCCAUCAGCAGCACCUCCAAGACCUCUGUCUCCACAGAGACCAGCCCACCAAGCAGCACAGAACUCCCUCUGGCAAUGACAUCUCCAAAUCCCAGCUCUCCGCCUGCCCCCAGCAGCCCACUCAGCACCCAGCUGCCAUCUACUGCCUCGUCUACAUUCUCUUCUUUGUCUGCAACCGUCAGCACAAUGCCUACACCUACAUCCUUCACUACUUCCACAUUUAGGUCUGCUGAGAGUACUCCAUAUUCUUCUUUCCAAAACACCACAUUGCCUCCAUAUGGCAAAACAUCUUCCUUAGCCGUUCCUACCAGUAUCUCUGCCAAAUCCACUCCAGUGUUGGUCUCGACUGGUUUAUCUACAACAAUGACAUUUGCUCCCCUUGUGAUCACUACUGCUUCUACAGAGUCGGCUGAAAGGAGCACCUUGCGAACAACAACGUUAACCACUGCCCGCACAACAUCAUCUCCUUUCACCUCUAGACUUUCAACAUCCUUGUCUUCUAUUGUGCCAUCCACAGUUCCACAUGAUCCUUGUAGAGAAGUUGAAUAUGAAGAAACAAUAACUUACAAAGGCUGUUCUGCAAAUGUCACUUUAAGCCGAUGCGAAGGAUCAUGUCCAUCUUCAACAAAGCUGAAUGUUGAGAACAUGACGGUCAUCACAGCAUGCGGCUGCUGUCGGCCACUUCAGCUUCUUAAGAAGGAAUUCCAACUACCAUGCCAAGACCUAGAUGACCCUGGAAAAAGGCUCACUAUAGACAUAACUGUAUUUAGUGGUUGUGUUUGUAACUUUGACAGUUGCAUACACUAGACUUGCUAUCAGGCUUCUGAGCAGCUGCCUGGACUGUCCGUGAACUUGACAGAUAAAUUAUUCCUGAUCAGGAGGGUGGGAUGCAAAGAGGAAAAAAAGAAUGGGCAGCGUGAAGUUCGGGAGGGAAGACCAUGUCAGAGACUGCAUGGCCUUGUUCAGGGUGAUAAUAAUUAACCAGAGACUAAAAACUGGCCCACGCACUGUGCAGUAACAGAAAUUUGACUUUCAAAUAAAGUAGAAGGAAUUGAAUUUCCUAACUUUUCAUUAUUUGGCCAAUUAUUUUAACUGAAAAUAGUCUGUUAGGUUCACUACAGCUGAACUAGGACCUGUGGAAUAGCCCACCACUUCACUGGGAGAACUGACCCAUUCCCUUUCCUUUGAAGGUAGACACAUUGUGUUCAUCAUCCAUAGAUGACUGCUGUUGGAAAGCAAGGUGCUACAUGAACCAAAAGCUAAUUGUGAGGUUUCUGCAUGCACCCUAGAAACACUACUAACAGACAUGAAGUGGCUUUUGGAUAACACAGAAAUUUGACGGCAUUUCCCUGCAAGAAAUCAAAGCCCAUAUGCAUCUAACAGGACACAGGUUCACUCAGAAGCAAUUUCUACUUGCUGCCAGUCAAGAGAAUUCUUUAUUACUUUGUUUGCAAAUAAUUUAAGAAAAAGCUGUAUGAGUGCACAAAAGCUCAUAUUUUUUCCCUUUUAGCAAGUUUCAGAGAAGAAUCUGAAGCAUACAUUUAGAGCUUAAGUGAUGUUAUUUAGCAGUUUAGAUACUCUUUACAGUGACAUCAACUUUUUACAGCUCCUGCCCAUAUGUAAUACAGAUGUGUGCUGUUUAGCCUCAGCCUUAUCCCACUGCUACUCCAGUUUACUGCAGUCUGCACUGUUCACAUACUUACUGGUGUUGAGCACUCUAGGAAGAAAGAUUUUACAUCAAGGUUUUGGUUGGUUUGGUUUUUUUUACAGUAGAGUAUUUAUAACAUGUGACUUAACACAGCAACAAAACCAAACUCACUCACUGGAGGGAACAGAGAUCUUUAGACCAGAUAAGAUUCAAGUGAACAAAACCCACUAGUUUUCAGAAAGAAAUCACAUCAAUUGUUUCACAACAACCAUUCCAUGCAAGUAUUUCUUCCACUUUUAUGCUCCCAGACAAAAAAAGGACAGUUUGAUUACUGUUCUAAUCAUUUAUUUAAUCUUAAUACGUUCUUCUGAUGAAUAUAGUCUAAUAUAUAGUCUUCUAUAUGAAAAUUCUCCACUUAAUUUGACAGAACUUUGUUUUAUACAAAUAAGACAAUCACCAUAAAUGUUACAUACUGGAGUGUAGGUCAAGAAUGAACAUAUGCUACCUGUUUUGCUAUUCAGUUAUUUUCACAUGUCAAUGCCUGAAAAUACUGUACUUAAAAACAAUAACACUGUUUACUGCAGAAAUUACUUUGUCUGCUUGACAGGAUACAUCACUGGUAAGUUAACCAUCAUUCACAAACAAAAAAAAAAAUAAAGUAUUUGUAUUUAAUUUGUUCACUUUUCUGCUCAUGGCUUCAUUGAGCUGACAUUUAAUAUAAA